UUUUUUUCCACUGAAAUUUUCAUUACUACCAUAAAAAAGAUACAUCGGUGAAAUCCUGAAGCCGGCGGAAAACGUAGAAAUCCCCGGAAACUAAACCCAAACACGGGAAGCUAUAACCCAAACAGACGGGUCUUGUUCAAACUACCGAAACAUCACCUAAACCCUUACAUUCCCUCAAAAACCCAAAGUUAAACAAUAAAGGAUAACAGAACAAAGACUUAAUUGUCUAUGACUAGCCGGAGAUCUUACUACGAACUGAGCAAGCGAGCACGCAAAGUUUGUGAAGGAGAGCAGAACCUCAUCUGAACCUCAUGUUCAAGAUGACAACACCAAACCACAAAAACCUUAUCUGAACCUCCUGUCCAAGAUGACAACACCAGAACACAAAGACCUCAUCUGAAUCACUUGUUCACGAUGACAACAACCAAACCACAAUACCAUAGGCCAAACAUAACACCAGAGGGAACCACACCUGUGAAAUUUCAUCUUCAAUCGCCCCUUCAUCUGGACACCUCCACACUUCAACCUCAUUUUAUUGCUUCACGAGUUGAAGCCACCGAGGAAGAACGACCAAAGGCAAACCAGGAACACUUAUUCAAAGGACGAGAUAUGAUACCUUUAAAACACAGCAGGUGAAGAGAUGAACUGAACUUGUCUUCAUCUCAAACCCAUAAAACCUUCGACUGCUCCUCACAACACCACCUCACUGCUUCACCGUUGCAGAACCAAAGACCAACCAAGACCAACUCUAAAAUCCAAGACAGACUAACUGGGUUCAAUCCCUAACAAAGAGUUGCAACACUACCCAAAACCGAUUGUAGACACAACGGCCACAUCACAACAGAGACACCAAGGCUCAGACUUUUACCUCGCUAGGAGACGCAGAUGGAGGCCAUAGAAGGGACCAACCCUUAACCACCACCGACAAACACCACUCUACGCACCCAGAACUACAAGAGGAUCACAGAUCUGAAAAACCAAAAGCUCUUAUAGAGUAUAUUCAGAACACGGGCAACUGGAGCAGCUCUAAAAGAAAGAGGAGAAGAGAUCUAAGAGAGGAAAGGGAGAAAAUACAGUUUUCAAGAUCAGAUCCGGCGACCGCGAGGGAUGGCGGCCGCCGAGUUAGGGUUCUAUCACGAGAGCGUUUCAGAAGUUUUUAUUCACUCUUAAUUCAUUUACUUUUCACUGAAAAGUGUUAUAGCAUAUGAUAUAAAUUUCUAGUUAUAUCAAUUGAUUCCAUGAAAUAAGAAGUAUAAAAGAGAGAUCGUUCAGUCCAGAAAUUUUUAGUUGUGUAGUUAAAACUUACAAUCAUCGGUUUCAAUGUAAUAUCCAAAAUCAAUCAAAUUAUUGAUGAACUAAAACCCAAAAAAAGUGCAGGUGUCGAAGCCAUAACUUAAUGCCAAUUAUAUAAGGGUCCACUUGAUAAAUUGAUCAGAUUAAAAGAGAAGGUCAUUUAGUGACAAAAAGAAAAAUAAGUGAUGCCACGGGGUCUGUCAUAGUGACCACUGUCCCACUUUAGCCCACCAUCAACACCGUGGUCCGUGACGCUCUCCCUGCAUACGUGCCAAUACAUCACUGGCUCAUUCAGUUGAUUACAUUUUUACUUUUUAUAUAUCUUGGUGGCGCAGUUACCUCUUAUUAUUUGUUGUUUUUCUAAAGUGGGAUUAAUAGUCUUAAACCCUAAGUCUGCAAAUAGUGUCUACUUUUGUCAUAGGAUUCGCUUUCUUAGAGAUAUCUAAGCAUAAUUUGUGAUUAAUUUAUUUAGGAUAUCCCAUCAAUUUGAUGCAAAUGACACUGACAUUUGUUUUGACUAACUUCUAAAAGAUUCCUUGUGAAGUUAGUUUCAGGCUAGUACCAAUGGCAUUUGUUAUUCACAUGCUCAGAGAGACGUAUUCAACUUAUGGUUUGUAUUGAAUUUUGUAAAGUCUGAGAUAUUUUCAGUUAAUAUGUGUCUAUGUUGCUGACAAUGUUUUUACCUUUUUAGUGAAUAUAUAACAACUUACAAUGUGUCUAAGUUACUGACAAAGCUACUAACCAAAGAUUGUUUGAAAUAUCUUGAUACACUUAAAGUAAGCAAAUAACAAAGCCUCAUUGAUAUAAAAUCAAACUUAUCAAAGCAAAUAGGAAAGUAAAAAGAAAAAGAUGGACCUGGACAUUAACAAGAACAAUCUAAUGCAAACAAAAAAAGCUAAGGAAUCCACAAGAUACAUGACAUGUAUCAAAAAAAAUAACAUAAGCAACAACAACAACAAACUUGAAAAUAUUCUUGUCCUAUUUUUAACAUUUAAACAUAUUUAUUAAGACACUAACUUUUGGUUUUAAACUGUCACAUAAGACUCGCUCAAAUUGCUAAGCAAAGCCACUGAUAUAUAUUUAACAUAGCCACUUCCUUCUCCUCACUUCUCUCUACUCACUUGUUAGUUAUUACAACAGUUUCUUUCACCACAAGCAAUUCUCAGAACAAAACCUUUCUUCAUUCCCAAUCAAUUAAACAAAACUAGUUACAGCCGGAGUGUUUUCAUAUCCGGCCGUACCAAUCCUCAAAUGGCUUCAACAACAACAACAAUACCAGAUCCUGAUGUCUUCCCUACAAUCACCAUGCCCAUCACAGUAAUCUUAACCGGCAGUCUUCUCUUUAUCAUUAUCGCCGGAUUCUUCGUCCUCUUCUUCUGGAGAUGUCUUCUGAACCGUUUGUCCUCAGCUUGGACCCUUCAGAGAACACCCUACGGUGACCUAAUCCACGUCAACACUCCCCCUGAAAACACAGGCCUCGACCCAUUUAUCAUCAAGUCCUUUCCCGUAAUCCUCUAUUCAUCCGCAACAAUGAGAAACCAGUGUACUGAAUGUGCUAUCUGCUUGGCAGAGUUUUCAGAUGAAGACACCGUUAGGCUAAUAACAGUGUGUCGUCAUGGGUUUCAUUCAACUUGCAUUGAUUCUUGGUUUGAGUCACACAAGACUUGCCCUGUUUGCCGGUGUGAGUUAGACCCCGGAGUGGUUGGUUCUGGAAGCCAUGAGUCUUUGCACAACACGGUUACAAUUACUAUUCAAGACUUAAACUAUGAAGAAGUGAAUCCUCCUUCCACUAGUUCAAGCAAAAGGUUCCCUGAAGCCGCCUCGGCUUGGCCAUUCUCUAGGUCACAUUCUACAGGUCGUUUUAUGGUUAAGACCAAAAGAGAACAUUACCAAUUCAAAGAAACUUAUCCUACCACUAGUUCAAGCAAAAGGCUUAUGGAAGCAUCGGCUUGGCGAUUUUCGAGGUCACAUUCUACUGGACAUUUCAUGAUUAAGACGAUGGAUAAGACCAAAGGAAAACAUUACCAGACAGGAAGCAGUGUCAUGUUUGAAGAAAACAAUCCUACAACUAGCCCAAGCAAAAGGCUUAUGGAAGGCUCGGCUUGGCGAUUUUCGAGGUCAUAUUCUACAGGACAGUUCAUGGGUAAGACGAGGGAUGUCACAAUGAAGAUCAAAGGAAGACAUUACCAAACAGGAAGCUGUGCCUCGUUUGAUGAACUUACUAGGUAUGAUGAAGCUACAGGAUACGGUAUGGCUUGGUGAUUAUUUAUCAUUACAUUAGCAUUAUUUGAAGUCUAGUAUGCGAAUAAAUUCUAUUUUUUUGUGUGUUCUUGAUAGCAGUAGAUAUUCAAAACUUGUAAUAAAGAUGUGUAGUGAAGAAUAAACUGAGAAAGAAUAAGAGUCAUCACUCCACAGGUUUUUCUUCA